CGACAGACUCAAGCUUAUGCGCGUGAAGCUCAAACCACCAAAAAAACUCUCCCACCCCCAAAGCUAAAAGGGACAUCACUUUCCAAGAAUUUGUAAUAGAAUUCCUUUCUUUAAUUUCCCGGCAAAGUACCCCAAACCCUAAUCUUCUCCCACCUCAACCACCUCACAAAUCCCUUCUCACCCUUUCUCUCUCUUGAAAAACUCGAUUUUUCCAUAAAAGUUUCAUUUUUUUCAAUUGUUUUUUAUCAAAAUUUCCAGAUUUUUGGUUUUUAUAAAAUCUGGGUUUUUAGAUUGAACCCAAAAACAUUUGAAUUCAAUCAAAGCCUGUAAAUUUAACUACCCAAUUUGUCAUUUUGUGUUUUGGGAAUGGCUGAGGAUAAAAAUGGAGAUCGAGGUGAAGUGAGUGAUUACUCAUCAGAAGAUGAAGGGACCGAAGAUUACAGAAGAGGAGGGUACCAUGCGGUGCGAAUUGGUGAAACUUUUAAGAAUGGUUGCUAUGUGGUUCAAAGCAAGCUUGGUUGGGGUCAUUUCUCCACCGUUUGGCUCGCUUGGGAUACUCAAAGAUCGCGUCAUGUAGCUUUGAAGAUUCAAAAGAGUGCUCAGCACUAUACUGAGGCAGCAAUGGAUGAGAUAAAGAUCCUUAAGCAGAUAGCUGAGGGAGAUUCAGAUAAUAAAAAAUGUGUUGUGAAGCUCUUGGAUCAUUUUAAGCAUUCAGGGCCUAAUGGGCAGCACAUGUGUAUGGUAUUUGAGUACUUGGGUGAUAACCUUUUGACCCUUAUCAAGUAUAGCGAUUAUCGAGGGAUUCCUCUUCACAUGGUUAAAGAGAUUUGUCAUCAUAUCCUUGUGGGUCUUGAUUAUUUGCACCGUGAACUUUCAAUCAUUCACACUGAUUUGAAGCCAGAGAAUGUGUUGCUAUUGUCAAUGAUUGAUCCAUCAAGAGAUCCUAGGACAUCUGGUGCUCCACUCAUCCUUCCAACCAGAAAGGAUAAGGUUGUCUUGGAGACUGUUGCUUCAAAAGAAAUUAAGAGUUCAAAUGGAGAAUUGACCAGGAAUCAGAAAAAGAAGAUUCGAAAGAAGGCUAAGAAGGCAGCUCAAGGUUGUGUAGGGAAGGAAGCUUCUGAGAAAAUUGAGACAGAUUCCAAGGCUGGUGGUACAGAUGACACUAAUGCUGAUGCAAAAUCAAAUGAAGUUUCAAUUGAAAAACAACCAAAUAGUUCUGUGAUUAAAGAUGAGACAAAGAGUGAUGGAAUUAACAAUGGUAACCAAGGAAAGCAGCGCAAUAGAAGGGGGAGCUGUGCAACAAGGAAAAAGUUGCUAGCAGAGGUUGAUCUUAAGUGUAAAUUGGUUGAUUUUGGCAAUGCUUGCUGGACAUAUAAACAAUUUACAAAUGAUAUUCAAACCAGGCAGUAUAGAUGUCCUGAGGUUAUCCUUGGAUCCAAAUACUCAACAUCAGCAGAUUUAUGGUCCUUUGCUUGUAUUUGUUUUGAACUCGCUACUGGUGAUGUUCUUUUUGAUCCUCACAGUGGUGAAAACUAUGAUCGAGAUGAGGAUCACUUGGCUUUGAUGAUGGAGCUUCUUGGAAUGAUGCCACGCAAGAUUGCAUUGGGUGGGCGCUAUUCUCGGGAUUUUUUCAACAGAUAUGGAGACUUAAGGCAUAUCCGUAGGUUACGUUUUUGGCCUCUUAAUAAGGUGCUCAUGGAAAAGUAUGAUUUCAGCGAGCAAGAUGCUACUGACAUGGCUGACUUCCUCAUUCCAAUACUUGAUUUUGUCCCGGAAAAGAGACCCACGGCUGCUCAAUGCCUCAGCCAUCCUUGGAUCAUUGCCGGGCCUGGACUGCUGGAACCUUCCACAACUGCUUCUGAACAGCGCACAUAUGACACUACAUUUGAAAGGGGAAGGGAAGAGAAGGUUGACAGGGAUGCAAUGGAGGCUGGAAUAGGGAAUAUAGCAAUUGAUGGCGAAGAGUGAAAGCUGUUUGAAACAAACUCCUCCAAAGUUGAAAUAAAUCUUUUGCUCGCGUGUAUUACUUUUGCCAAAAGGCUGCUGCCUGCAUUGUUUACUGGCAGCUCUUUACAAGGAACAUUGCAUUUCCUCGUACGAUGACAUCUAUACCAUACCAUUUUAUAGGGGCCAAGCUUUUUGGGUCGUAGCUCCAGUUUUGAAAGAACCUUUAUGAGUAUGUGGCUCAAAUUUCAAGGCACAUGUUGGAACAUAUAAGGUUCUUAAUGGUUGAUGGGUCUCAUCUACAACAAUUUACGUUGUUUCUCCAGAGGAUUUUUGAAUCAAACUUCUAUAUCAAAUGGAACAGUCAAUCCACAUUUUCCAAA